GUUUUCUUUCAUCAUGCCUCACCAAUACUUCCCAGGCAGUGCUUCGCUGCUGGAAGAGCUCGACAAGAAGCUCAUGGUUGUCCUGCGAGACGGACGCAAGCUCAUUGGAUUCCUGCGCUCGUUCGAUCAAUUUGCAAACUUGGUGCUGCAAGACACAAUCGAGCGCAUCUAUGUCGGUGAUGCGUACGGAGACAUUCCACGAGGCAUCUUCCUCAUUCGAGGCGAGAACGUCGUCUUGCUCGGCGAGAUUGACUUGCAAAAAGACGCACAAACCACCCUGCGGCAAUUACCAGUAGAGGAGAUUCUCGUGUUGCAGCGCGAAGAGCAAGAGCGAAUUGAGGCACAGCAGAAAAUACAGUACAAGGUCAUGCUUGAUCGUGGCCUCCAGCCGGUUACAGACGCUCUCUACGAGGACACAUACAGCUGAACAACCAAACAGUUGUUUUGUUCGUUCUGACACUUUGUGGUCGUUGAUGGUUAUGAACGACGGCCCAAAAGAGGAGCAAGGGUACUAUUGUAUUACGUGCACACUGUGUGCUUGUAGUCUGUGCCAAGUUGACUCGUUUUUGCUACCAUCCGUUUUGUUACAAUACAAAAAAUCAGCAUCUUA